UGAAGAGGAAGGGGGUAUUGUUGUCAUCAUCAUCAUCGUCUUCACUAUAAUCAUUGUCAUGGGCGAGCAAACAAAGCCUCAGUCUUUCCCAUUAGAGACUGGAAAGGAGUGAAUGAAUCGGCGCGUGCUGAGAUAAAGGCUGAGGCUUGCGCUUCAGCGGAGUGGGCGGGCAGUCUGUUCGGCUCCGUAGAGGUGCCACGGAAUCGGCGGGGAAGGCAGAGAACGAUUCCGUCUUCCCUUCUCCUGCCAGCCUUUUAACUCCGGUCUGUUUACCCCCACCGAGGAGGGUGUCGGGUUCUCUCGGGGGGCCAUGUCGAAGACGACGAAAAGCCAGGAGCUCACGAGCGCCGUUCGACAUCCAGCCCCAGCGAGGAUUGCGUGACGACCCCCGACGGGUGGACGCUCACCGCCCACGGGAGAAAUGAAAGGCGGUGCGAAAAACAGCCUGAAUUGAAGAAGCCCUCCUUUUUCCGAGGCUGGGAGAAAGCAACCUCUUAAAAGUGUGAACGAGGACCGGGUCGGAGAGAGAGAACGAGAGGAGAACCGACAUGGAAGGUACCUCCGAAUAUCAACGGCUUCCGGAGGAAGGUGACGAGAAGCUGGGCGGCGGCAUGCAGUCGGACGAAGGCACGGAUUGGCUCUUGGAGCUCCUGACAGAGGUUCAGCUGCAGCAGUACCUCCUGCGUAUCCGCGACGACCUCAACGUCACGCGCCUCUCGCACUUUGACUACGUCAAGAGCGAGGACCUGGAGAAGAUCGGGAUGGGGCGGCCAGGCCAGAGACGGCUGUGGGAGGCGGUCAAGAGAAGGAAAGCUCUGUGCAAGCGCAAGUCCUGGAUGAGCAAGGUGUUCAGCGGUAAGAGGCCAGAUGGCGAGCUCCAGCCGCAGCCCGUCUCCUCCUUCCGCAAGCCGUCGCCCACCCCUCCCCCCGCCGCCGACGGUCAGCAGGCGCUGACCUGCCUGAUCAGCGAGAGGGACCUGACCCUGCUGGAGAAGCUGGGCGACGGCUCGUUUGGCGUGGUCAAACGCGGCGAGUGGGCCGCCCCCGCAGGGAACGUGCUGAACGUGGCGGUGAAAUGUCUGAAGUCGGACGUUCUCAGCCAGCCGGACGCCCUGGAUGACUUCAUCCGGGAGGUGAACGCCAUGCACUCACUGGACCAUCAGAACCUCAUCCGGCUCUACGGAGUUGUCCUCACGCCCCCGAUGAAAAUGGUGACUGAGCUGGCCCCCCUGGGCUCCCUGCUGGACCGUCUGAGAAAGCACCAGAACCAUCUCCUCAUCUCUACGCUGUGCCACUACGCCAUCCAGAUCUCCAACGGCAUGGCCUACCUGGAGUCCAAGCGCUUCAUCCACCGGGACCUGGCCGCCCGCAACAUCCUGCUGGCCUCCAAGGAGCAGGUGAAGAUCGGAGACUUCGGCCUCAUGAGGGCGCUGCCCAAGAACGACGACCACUACGUCAUGCAGGAGCACCGCAAGGUCCCCUUUGCCUGGUGUGCUCCAGAGAGCCUUAAGACACGCACAUUCUCUCAUGCCAGUGACACCUGGAUGUUUGGGGUGACGCUGUGGGAGAUGUUCACCCACGGCCAGGAGCCCUGGGUGGGCCUCAACGGCAGUCAGAUCCUUCAUAAGGUGGAUAAGGAUGGGGAACGGCUGCCCAAACCGGAGGACUGUCCCCUGGACAUCUACAAUGUGAUGCUGCAGAGCUGGGCCCAGAAACCUGAUGACAGGCCCACCUUCAUUGCGCUGCGCGAGUUUCUGAUCGAGACAAUGCCCACAGACAUGAGGGCACUGCAGGACUUUGAAGAGCCAGACAAACUACUCAUCCAGUUAAACGACGUCAUCACCAUCAUCGAGGGCAGGGCUGAGAACUACUGGUGGCGGGGGCAGAACAAGCGAACCCUGAAGGUGGGCCAGUUUCCCAGGAACGCAGUGACGUCCGUGGCCGGCCUGUCGGCCCAUGACAUCAGCAGGCCGCUCAAGCACAGCUUCAUUCACACGGGCCAUGGAGACUCCAACCCCCAACACUGCUGGGGCUUCCCUGACAAGAUUGAUGACCUUUACCUGGGCAACCCCAUGGAUCCUCCUGAUGUUCUGGGAAUGGACCUGACAGCCACCAGACCCACUCAGCUACCGGGAAGGGCCAAAAAGGAACCCCCUCCACGGCCCCCCCAGCCAGCCGUGUUUCUCAAGCAAGCUUGCUACGAGACCGUUCAGGAUGAUGAUGACUUAGCAGCCUCAGGUCUGACAAAGCUCUAUCUGAAGAGCCCAGGGGCCACGAUCCGAGGACUGAGACUCAAACCUUCCCCCAUGCAGGGGGACGGGACCCGAACUGAAGGGCCCCUCAUAGACUUUGAAGAGGAGGUCUUCUACUCCGCCACUCCGUCCCCAAUGACAGAGUUGCACCCCCCUGCUGCGCCCAAACCGGCCCCGAGCCCGGUGCCUGACUUCCUCCUGGACACCACACCCCCCCAGAGCCCAACCGGCCUCCUGCACCCCACCCUGGUGGUGGACUGGGACACCAAACCUCUGCCCGCGCCCCCUGCGUACGACGACGUGGCGCAGGACGAGGACGAUGUAGAGGUGAGCUCCAUCAACGAGACGGAGCGGAAGGGUGGGGAGGGUCAGGCCAGGACGUCAGGGGCCAUGACCCCAGAGGGCUCGACAGACGGGGACAAGCCUCCGAUGGAAGAAAACCCGCUAGUGCAGGACAACCUCUUUGUCCCCUCCAGGCAGGGCGACAGCCGUAGCUUCUCCCAGUCGGCGGAAAUCUUCCAGGAGCUGCAGCAGGACUGCAUGAGGAGGCUCAAUGUCCCAGUGAGUUCCUCCCUGCCCCCGUCCCCCACCCCGCCUGGCAUGGAGGCGCCCCACCGGCAGAUCAUCCUGCCCUUUCCCCAAGACAAGCCCCAGAUCCCGCCCCGGAUUCCCAUCCCACCACGCCCCAGCAGGCGGGGCGACUGCGCCUUCCGGUCCCGGGACGUGUCGCCCUCCUCCGGGGGCGAGGGGGACAACAAGGACAGGCCCCCCCUGCUCCCUCCCCGGGACAUCCUGUCCCAGCCCAACUCGCGCGCCCCCAGCCCCCUCAGCCCCCAUGUGGGGUCCCCCCAGCAGAGGGCCGGCCUCUGCUCCGCCCUGUCCCUGGGGUCCUGCUGCCUCUCAACCUCACCCAACAACAGGCCCAUGCCCACCACGCAGAGCUUUGCCUCCGACCCCAAAUACACCGCCCCCAAGGUGAUCCAGGCGCAGGAGAAAGAGAGCGCUCGGGCACCCUGCAUCCUCCCCAUCGUCCGGGACGGCAAGAAGGUAAGCAGCACCCACUACUACCUCCUGCCCGAACGGCCGCCUUACCUGGACAGGUACGACCGCUUCUUCAGGGAGACGGAGAACCCCGAGGACAAGCGGGCGGCCAACACCGCCACGGUGCGACCAAUGAUGCACCAGGGCAACUUCAAGGACAACUUCUCCUCUAAUAACAAUAGCAGCCUGAGGAGCUCACACAGCAUGCCCUGGGUGAGCAACGAUGGACAAUCUGGGAUUUUAGACACUAUUAACCUGGUGCAGGAAGCAGUCCAUGGGGUAACAAUAGAGGAGUGUCAGACAGCACUGCAAAACCAUGGCUGGAAUGUACAGAGGGCAGUCCAGUAUCUGAAGGUGGAGCAGCUGUUCUGUUUGGGCCUGAAGACCCGGACAGAGUGCCAGAAGGUUCUGGAGACACACGACUGGAACCUGGAGCGGGCCAGCACCCAUCUGCUGGAUUCGUAUGGCUCUGUGCGGCAGAGGCGAUGACACCGUCAUCCCAGAAGGUGGCCUUCGGGCCUGACUGACUCGCUGACAGACAGGAGCGCUCACCGAGACCCUGUCCCCAUGUACAUGCUGCUUCUGCUGCUGCUUCUUCUUGAGAGGGGUUGUAUCCUCUGACCUCCGACCCCACAUGACCCUGUUCCCUGACGCUUUGGGGGCACACAGCUACGGCUCAACGCACCGGGCUGGCUGGGUGGCGCUGAACGUUGGAUCAGUUUGAACAACUUGCACAAAAUGGCUGGGGUGAGGAGGAAGCGUUGGCUGAUCUUGUUUCAGAUCAGUGGGAGCCAGUCAAUGCUGAGGAGAGAUGUUGCUGUUCCACUGGCUUUUCAUAGUUGUGUGAACAUGUGCGAGAAGGUGGAAGACACAUAUGCAUGUCUGUGUAUAUACAUGCUCUAAAUUUUCAGUUCAUAUAUUUGCAUCAAAUAUUUGUAUUCUUUGCACAUUUAUUUUUUUUAUUUAAUGGGUUGAUUGCUGGAUUGUAUGACAUUAGUGUAAUUGCAAUUGACAGAAAAGUAAUUUUGGGGGGGGGUCUGCAUUCUUUCCUUUAUUUAUCCAUCCUCAUUUAAAUCAGUUACUGUUUCAAGCUGCUGUCUGACUGAAUGUGGGUUGAGUGGGGGUUUGUCUGUUGUACUGAGACUCCAUUCCAGCUGUUUCAUACCAUUCUGCACUUUCUCUGAUCUCACAGCCUUCCUGGCUGAUUGACUGGCUCAGCUGGGGAUAUGUUCUGCUAGGUUGUGCUAUGUUGUAUACAAGUCAUUAUACUAAAGGUGUAAAAAUAAGUUCCUGGAGGAUUCUUUUCUCCCCAAAACAUGCGCCGCUGCUUAGUAGCAGAAACAGAACACAUAGUAGUUGUAAUGGCUUUUUAAUACCCUAUCAGCUGAGAGAAUUUAGUUUGUAUCCUAUGGGCAUUUCAACCUACUGAUCAUCCAAAGGUCAGGAGUUCAUGUUUUCAAAGUCAUUGUGGCUUAAGAGAAAUACUUUAGAGUACGAUAUCAAUAGACCAGUACUGUCUGUUCGGUAGAAAUAUGUGCUAAGCCAUACUUCUCUUCAUUCUCAUCACUAGCUUGUAUGCACGGAUCUGUAUCUUCGCCAGAGCAGUUCAGAGUAGAUGUAUAGAUGCUGCUUGAUGCUCCCCCCUCCCACUGUGGAGAAAUUGAGGCCUCCCAUGCAUUGGAUACUCCAAUGGCCAACCCUUCUUCUCUGAGACACUUUAUGAAUGCAGGCGCCGGUCUGCAUUUACAGUACAGGUAAUGCCAAUAAGCAAGAGUUUCCAGCAGUCGGACUGAAGACUUGGAAAAGACAAAUCAAGCCAGACUGAAAACCAGGGACGGAUACGUCUUCCUUCGCUGUCGAGCUCUCUAGAUCUAAAAGUCUAUAGCCUCCAUUCCAGCUCAGGUCUUAAGUAUUUUAAUGGAGUCAUUAGAACAUGCCCAGGAAUGAAUGAGCCUUGGUUGAGCUGAAUCUCUUAAACCAGUGGUCCUCACUUCUGGUCAUGGAGAGCCGUAUGUUGUGCUGGCUUUUGUUGUUACUCAGCACUUAAUUGAUCAAUUAAAGCAGUUAGUUUAACUCACCUCACCUGGUUUCUGAAUUAGUUGCUGAUAUUAAGGCAAAAACAAAAACCAGCACACCCUGUGGCUCUUAAGGACCAGGAGAGAGGACCACCCCUCGGGGCAUGGGUCUGCAAGGAUCAGGUAGGGAAACCUGGAUUUCAUUGUUACUACAAGGGAAUGACCCUGAGCUUGAAUGUUGCCUCUAUGUAAAGUAGCUGGUUAUAGUGUUUGAAUCGGGCCUGGAGCACUAGAUUCCUGAUUCUGUCCUCCUUCUGCAAGCUGUGAAUCAGGCCAGUAUGAACUUGUGGGGUUACCAAAAAGCAGGUCUUCCUACAGCACACUCCAGGAGACGUUUUUGUGUGUGUGUGUGUGUGUGUGUGUGUGUGUGUGUGUGUGUGUGUGUGUGUGUGUGUGUGUGUGUGUGUGUGUGUGUGUGUGUGUGUGUGUGUGUGUGUGUGUGUGUGUGUGUGUGUGUGUGUGUGUGUGUGUGUGUGUGUGUGUA